AUGCUCCGGCUCCGACAGCUCUUUCGAACUCAACCACGGUUUGCGCUCUUCCAUAUUGGCCCUCGUCAACACUCUCAACCUGCGGCGAUCCGGCAUGUGAGGUUCAGGCGGCCCUGGUUCAGAUCCUUCCUGGGCAAGUUUAUCUUAUAUGGUACCGCAUUCCACCUAUGGAGUUCCUUCGUGCUGGUUCGAUUCGACGACGACGACACACAGGACGACCAAACAGCCCCCGAGGCAGCUCUCGAGAAUACCAGUGUACACCGUGCCGCUGGAGGAUCCGAUGAGUUGACGGAAGAGUUGGCAGAGGAAGACCGCGUGUUCAUUCCUCUCACGUGGUCUUGGCUUGAAGAGGGAGAGUUGUAUACUGCAUCAGAUCCCGAAUGGCAAGAGUUUGUCACUAUCUCGAAAGAUCGGAAAAAAUUGCAGAAGUUAAGAGAUGAACUCGCUGCUAUUGUUCUCAAGAGUGCCUCGGAGAGCAUGUCACAAAUAUUGGGAAGCCCCCUUUCUCUGACUGGAUUCUGGCUGGUCCAUCAAUUCCCAUCUCGUGCGCCUCCGGAGUAUCUGCGUUCUGGUCUUGAAAUCGCAGACAACGGUGUAUCUUGGGUAACCAAAACCCUGGAUCCUGACGUCGGCGAUCGGUUACAGACAGUUAUGAAGCCUGUACACGUAGCCCUUGCGAUCAAAGAUGCGUAUACGCUUCUGAUCAGACGGCAACUAGCCCGACUUCGGGACCCCGAUUCCCAGCCUCUCGAUGCGCUAGAAUUACUGAGCGGCAGAUACAUUCUCUCAGGACACGAGAAGCUUAACCCCAUCAGCCCCCACGAACAGCCAAGGGUGCAAUCUCCACUAUCCGACGAGCCCCCGGAGAAUAUCCUGCCCACUGAGGAGCCAGAACUCCAUCCAUCUUCAAUAAUUUCAUCACUACAACGCCUUCCCUUACCUGAUCUCGGCCCCGGGUCAGAUCUACACCUGGCAUCGCUGGCAUUCAGGUUACGCUUGAACGAGUAUCGGGCACAGAACCCACGAACACCUCAGCGCGGUACAUUCUUCAUCUCGGGUCCCGUCGGACUGAAAGGGCCAAAUGGGUUCUGCCGAUUUGAAGUGCGGGGUGAGUAUGAUCCAGCAAAGUCUGCGUGGCGGACGGUGGAGAUGCAGUUGAAGGAUAUCAACCCCAGAAAGCAGAAGCCGCUGGGAGGCCAAUAA